GCAAGUUGAGUCACGUAUUAUAUAAGAAAUCAGAUCUAAACUUUCAAUAGUCAUCUGUUAUGCGGAACAAAAUACAUAUUGAAAAAGCUUAAUUAAAUUUGUGUAGAAUAAAAUAAAAAGCAAAUAUUUAUCAUGACGACUCGCCAGUGUUCGGUUGUUCAAAUUCUUACAAUUAUUAUUGGUCUACUUAAUUUUAUACUUGGAGUACCAAUUCUUGCCCAUUAUUUCAAGGAGAACCAUGACUACAGUAAACAUGAUGACGCCUUAUCGAGGGAGAGCCGUGAUGAGGGUUGGCGUUGGAGCGUCUCUGACAUAAUUAGGCUGAUCGUGGUUUUAAUCGUUCUCUUAAUCUUGAUAAGUUUAAGUAUCGGUUGUGUCUGGUCUGGAUUUGAGUCAAAAUACCAAGAAUUAUUGGCUAGAGGUGCGCUAAUUGAGCUUAAAAUUAUUGCCGUAAUUUGCGCCUUGAAUUGUCUCGUAAUGUUCAUCCUGGGCUAUCACUGGAUUAAUCUGAUCCCCCUAUUGGUGUGGGGAUGCGUGAUGCAAGUAAUAUUUUGCGUCGUGAUUAGUUUCUACGUAACGGAAUUGACGGUAAGAAGAGGUGGCAGUGAAUUAACCAUCCCGGUGCGAAAUAUCACUUAAUAUCACUUAGUAUUACUUUCUCUCUGAAACCUUUAACCAAUUCCAAGGACUAAUUAAUUCCGAAAUUUCCAAAUUAUCAACCUUUUACAAACAAUUGCAUAAUGUGACCCAAGUGCUUGGCGUGAGACUUACUGCAUGUAGUAGAGAAACUUUGCAUGAGAUUUCGAUAAGUAGCAAAUUUUUAUUUAAAGAUUUGAGUAGUAAUUAUGUAUCACGUUGUAGUAUUUUAAAGAUUGCUGAUCUCUUUGGAGUAAACCAACUAAAAAGUUUACAAUUACUACCAGCAGCAGUUAAAAGGCAUGCAAUUUCUGAGAGGAAAACGUAUAUUGAUGCGGUUGCCAUGGUUACUGACUCACCCGAUGUUAGAUAUCUCUUCACUGUUUAGAGAGUCAGAUAGUGUGUUGGUUGCCAAGGAGACCAACUCCCUUCACUGCUUACGCGUGCACCAGAAAAUUAGAUGGGAAGAGCUGGACAUUGCUGCCUGCUCUCACCCACAGUGGAAACGCUUAGCCACCACUCCAGUAUCCAACCCAGAGAAGGACACUGUUUUCAAAAUUUGGCAUAACGUAGGUUUGACCCCUUCGAUUGCACACUCACUUAAAAUUUACACUAAUUUUUUAUGUCCAUUUUGCAACACAUUAAAACCAGAGGUAGAUCACUAUUUAAAAUGUCCACAUACAUUAGAUUUGAGGAAAAUUGUGGCAAAACUCCUCUCAAAACUAGAUAUUCACACGGGAGCCUUCGACGAUGCUUUCCUUCAUGGGGUUAAGCAUGCGGGUGGCAAUAUUUUAAUCUUUUAUGCUUAUAAUAUUAUUUGCAAGGCUUUUGUCCACCGAUUAAAUAAUUAUUCAGGCAAUUUUGAUCUCAUUUCUUCAUUCCGUCACAUUCUUUAUGGGCGGAUCCUGACUGAUUUUUAUGCAUGCAGUAUGAAUACGAGCCUGUAUCCUAAAUUUUAUAAAAAUUGGGACAAAUUUGAUAUAUAUAAAAUUUCUAAGAAUAAAAUCGAUAUUAAUUUAGGAUUUUGAACCAUAUUAUGACGCAAUUAACUUUCCUUUUAUGCACGAUUAACAAAUCCCUAGUCGUUAGUUAGUCGAAAUUUAGUUGUAAGAUAAAUUUACCUAUAUUUUUAUGAUGCGAUAAACUGUGAUAAAAUGUGAAUGGUGGGAUAUAUUAAUAUAUUUUUGCUACCAAAGCGUUAUGAAAGCCUAAUAUUAUGGCAGCAAUAUUGUCUUAAUUAUUUAACUAUAUUAAUUUAAUUGUAACAUUUUAAGAGGCAAGGAAAAUUGUGGAGACAAGCACUGGCUUAGUUUCAACCCCUGACGGCCAAUCUAGUAAAGCCUUGUCGAGAAAACGUCGCCUCAAUAAUUUAAAGAUUAAUUUGUAAUUGAUGGUGAAUUAAAUUAAUUGGAAUAAAUUCGUAC